UUCCUUCACACCUCAUCCCCAACAACACCAAACUUUCAACAAACACAUAUUUGUCUCAGAACAGCAAUAGACAAAUCAUUGCUUCAUCCAUACUCUUUCCUCAACCAUGAAAGUGAAAGCAUUAGGUCCCUUCAAAUGCAAGCUUGUCAAUCCAAUCAAGAAAAUACUUAGGCUUUUCAAGUUCAGACUCAGAAAGCCCCUCUUUAUAAGUAGACUUAAGUUUCGUCGUUCAGUACACGAAACUGAUAAAAGCACACGUAGGAACCGAUCUUCACAGAUUCUGUCAGUUUUUCGUUCUCUAAGAAGAAGAGGGAGAGAGGAGGACCAAGUCAUGGAGCUCAAGAGUUUCUCAGAAGUAGAACAUCACAAAGCACCCUUUCCCUCACCCCUCACCCCAGCUUACGUUAGAUUGAGUACAGCCACUAAAAAAGAAGCAUCAGUUCAGGAUGAUGUAGAAGAUGCAUGCAGAAGCUUUGAGAAUUAUCUGGUGGAAAUGAUUGUGGAAGAAGGAAAAAUGAGGGACUUGGCGGAUGUGGAAGAAUUGUUAUACUGUUGGAAAAAUCUCAAAAGCCCCGUCUUCAUUGACCUGGUGUGCAGAUUCUACGGAGAGCUAUGCAGGGAUUUGUUUUCGAAUAGCUAUGAGGAUGACAUUAACAUUCUCAAGUGACUUAUAAUGAAAUUGCUUUAUCUUAUCGUUUGAGCACAACCUAUGUCUUUACAGCCCUUUCUAUGUAUGUAUUUGCAGAUCUGUAACAGCAAUAGCAAAAAGCAGCAAGCCCAACAA